AUGACAGAAACAAUCGACAGCAUCGACAGAAUUAUACUCAAAAACAACGCAAAUAAGAAAAUCUUUAAAGAGCAAGAGUUAAUCAGGAUGAAAAAAGAGGCAGAGAAUAAGGCUCAGCUUCGGUCCGAGUCGGAUGGCGAGUCGGAUGAAGAUGAAGAAAAUAAUCCUGAUAUCAAACCACCUAAGAUCCCAGAAAAAUUCAGAGAAAGAACACGUAUACAGCCACAUGAGACAGUUGAUAGAAAUUCUCUGCCUCCAGAGCCACCAAAACCUCCUGAAGGGAAGCAUCAGGCCGUCGAAGUGGCACCAAAUAUAACUAUUCCAAUAACUAUUAAUGCGGAUGACUCAAAAGUACUUUAUGACCAGCCGAAAAACAUCGAAAUAUCUACAAGCAAAUCUUCGAAUUCAAAUGAUGUUACAUUUUCGUUCAAAAUUACUUUCAAAAAAUAA